CCAUCUUCACAAACAGUCUUCUCAUCAUAAGCACUUUGUGAUUAUCUCUAUAAAGUGCUUAUAAUUCUCCAUGGCUUCCAAAACUUCUUCUUUUGCUCUUUUCCUUGUUCUCAACCUCCUCUUCUUCUCAUUUGUCACUGCAUGUGGCUCAUGCGGGGGUUACCCAAACCCGAGACCCAACCCUAACCCGAGGCCACGACCCAACCCUAACCCGAACCCUAGCCCGUUCGGCGGCAGUGGGACAUGCCCUCGUGAUGCCCUAAAACUAGGGGUGUGUGCUAAUGUGUUGAACGGUUUGCUUAAUGUAACCCUUGGAAAGCCACCAGUGACCCCUUGCUGCUCUUUGAUUCAAGGUCUUGCUGACCUGGAAGCUGCCGUUUGCCUCUGUACUGCCCUUAAAGCUAACAUUUUGGGCAUCAACCUCAACAUUCCUAUCUCACUUAGCUUGCUUCUCAAUGUUUGCUCUCGCAACGUUCCUCGUGGUUUCAAAUGUGCCUGAUAAGUAUACACGUACAUUAGUUUGAUGAUGAUGAUGAUGUGGCCUUCUUUUCAUUUGGUUUUCGACUUUAUGUUUUCUAGUCUGAACAUUAUGAUGACGAAGAUCAUUUAUGUAACUUUUAUUAUUGUAAACGCCUCGUUUGUGGUUCUUGGUUAUUUUUUGUGUGCAUGGUGAUUGAUUUUAUAGUGAAUAAUUAAUCUCCCUGUAUUUACCACUUGCGUGAAUUUGCAAGGGGAAGGAGACAUGAAAAUUAUAGUGCUUGAGAUCACAGAUUCUUCUUAUCAUAA